UUUUAGCGAAACAUUACAAAACAGUCCGUCUCUCGAAAGCUUAAGAGGUGAAUCCCGUAACGUUUUAAGUCAUAUAACUACAGAGACGAGGGGAGCAUGGACAGGACGGUCAGUUUACCGAGCCAGCCCGACAGAACCGCCACCGUGACGCUGGUGGAGAGCAGCAGCACGCCCAGCGGGUUGGAGCUGGUCAGCUCCUACCAGACCACCAGAGUGGGAGACCCCAUGGACCUGGUGGCUCUGGCAGCUCAAGUCCAGAAGGGGGAUGAGUUCAUAAAGGCCAAUGCAUGCAACAAGCUGACGGUCAUCGCGGACCAGAUCCGGUACCUGCAGGAGCAGGCCAGGAAGGCUCUGGAGGAGGCCAAACGGGACGCCGACCUCCACCACGCCGCCUGUAACAUCGUGAAGAAGCCCGGCACCUUGUACCACCUCUACCAGCGGCCGUCCGGACAGAAGUACUUCUCCAUCGUCUCUCCCAAGGAAUGGGGUCCCAGCUGCCCCCACCCCUUCAUCGGCACCUUCAAGCUGCAGCACGACAUGUCCUGGACCCCCGUGGAGGAGGUGGAGAAGAGGGAGGCGGAGAUCGCCAUCAUGGACAAGCUGCUGAGCCAGCAGACGGCCUUACCGCCGUAUCCAGGACUCAACUUCAAAGGCCUGUCGGAGUGAAGGAGGCGGAGGACGGACCGACACCGACUGCCUCGAGGCGUCGUCCUCACCCGUCCUGGAGGGAGCAACGCCGGCUCAGCCUGGAAACACCGCCGUUCAGGAAACCUUCCACUAAAAACUUCAUUAAGCAAGUAACGGGGAGGACAGAAGAAGAGAAUCAGUGAUCUGAUGAUUCCAGUCAGUUAAACUGACAGUUCUUUUAAUUCCACAGAAGUCUUAUUUAUUAUCAGAUUUCCUUAUUUUACUGGAUCUGCUUUAGCUGAGAUCUAAAGAGUUUCCAGACUUCACACAACACUGGCAUCAUCCUUUAUUUUUUUCCCCAAAAUUAUUCUCAGAAAAUCCUUUCCUCUUCCGCCCGGGGCGUGAAGGAUGCUGCUCUAUAAACUGUUGUGGAAAACCUGUCCUGGAAUAAAGAAUCCUGAGAGAAAAGAUUUUUUGUGUUUUCUUC